AUGUCUGAUACACCCGAUAUGGCCAAGAUGGACAAAUUUGGUAAACUGAAAUUGAAGAAGACGGAAGUGCAAGAGAAAACUCCAGUGCCAUCCAAAGAAACAACUGAACAGGAGAAGCAAGCAGGCAAAUCAUAA